AUGAAUGCCUCACGUCUGGUUACUAGACGUCUCGCUGGUGGCCAACUGGCUGCAAGCGUGUCGCGACGCUGCAUCUCCUCUACCUCGUCACGUUUCAAUGAGAACCCUCGAGUCCAUUCCAACGCCGAAGAACAUCGCAAAUACCAAAAGGAGAGGGCAGACAAUCCACACAUGACAAACACAAACUCCACGAUUCACAACAAGAUGCCUUCGGUGGGCAAGGAUGCGCCUCCACCAGAAAUGCUGAGUUCUGUUGAUUCCAAGUACAUCCCGAAGGACAAAGUUCCAGAGAACACAGACAAAAUGACAGGAGGAACACAAUCGGGAGAUCCCAACAAAGUAAGCCAGUCAGAAUAUGCUGUUGGUGAAAUGGAGGGCAUCUCGUUUCGUGUCGAACCCCUCCGUCGGACGGGAGAAGACCUUCCCACCAUGAGAGCCAGAUUACUAUACCAAAGCAGGAAACGGGGGACAUUAGAGUCUGACCUCCUACUCUCCACUUUUGCAGCAGAGAAUCUCGCCUCCAUGACUAGGACUCAACUCGAGCAAUACGACUUCCUCCUGGACGAGAACGAUUGGGACAUCUACUACUGGGCCACUCAGUCCCCGGCCAAUUCUCCCACCUCGCUCGAGUCUGCAGAAGGUGCUACGAGUGACAAGAAGACCCAGACAACCGAAUAUGCGUCCCCAGCGAACCCGGGGCAAACUCAAGAGACCGACGCAUGGAGACAAGGAGCUCCGCGCAGCGGAGAGUGGGCUCAGACGGUGGGGACUUUCAGACCUGCGCAUGUCAGGGAAAGGAGUGCAGGCGGCGUUCUGGAGGACGUUAACGCCACUCCCAACAGCAAAGGUAGUGGUGCUGGUCUCGGGAGAAUGCCUGAUGUACAAACCUUUGAUUGA